GGGAGUGACGCUUGGGCCGCCCCUGCAGUGUGAAUGAAUCAAGCGUUUUGUGUGACACACAGCGAAAGAACACACGGGCGCCCGACUAUUUCACGAGGAUAACCACAGGCGCGAAGGACUGUAAAGGGACACUAUCCGGGGAGGAAAAUUAUUUCACGCACAUCUGAGAUUCUAAGACCUCCGCGAGCGGGUGCAUGUGCGCGUUUUACCGGACUGGAUGAAAAUGAUGCAGAGUGCGGCUGUGUUGCCCGGCGAGAGCGCGGUGAAGGGUCUGCCGGACAUCCUCGGAGUGCAACUGCAACAGAUCCCUCAGUGUGCAAGUUGCAGUCAACACAUCCUGGAUAAGUUUAUUUUGAAGGUGCUGGAUCGACAUUGGCACUCAAAAUGUCUCAAGUGUGCCGACUGUCACGCGCUCCUGGCAGACAAGUGUUUCUCUCGCGCGGGGAAUGUCUACUGCAAAGAAGAUUUCUUCAAACGUUUUGGGACAAAAUGUGCAUCGUGCCAGCAGGGGAUUCCCCCGACACAGGUGGUCCGGAAAGCUCAGGACUUUGUGUAUCACCUUCACUGCUUCGCCUGUGUUAUGUGCAGCAGGCAGCUGGCCACCGGUGAUGAGUUCUACCUCAUGGAGGACGGGAGGCUCGUGUGCAAGGAGGACUACGAAACAGCCAAACAAAAUGAUGAUUCAGAGACAGGAGCAAAACGUCCACGGACCACCAUCACAGCCAAACAGCUGGAGACGCUCAAAAGUGCCUACAAGAACUCACCUAAGCCAGCACGACAUGUUCGUGAGCAGCUCUCCUCCGAAACAGGCCUGGACAUGAGAGUGGUGCAGGUGUGGUUUCAAAACAGGCGAGCAAAAGAGAAACGGCUGAAGAAGGAUGCUGGGCGGCACCGCUGGGGCCAUUUCUACAAAAGUGUCAAACGCAAUCGAGGGUCCAGUAAGACAGAGAAAGAGAGCUCAGCCGAUGAUGCAGGACUCAGCGAUAGUGAGCUUAGUUUCAGAGAAGACCAGAUCCUGUCAGACCUUGGUCAUGCUAAUGGCUUGUAUGGAAGUGUCGGAGACAUCACGAAUGGCAACAUGCUCAACGGGAGCUUCUCCUUGGAGGGGGGCGGGCAGCCUUACCAUGACCUGCGGGCAGGAAGUCCCUACGGCCUGCCACAGUCCCCCUCAUCCAUCACUUCCCUCCCAGGCCACACCCCCCUGCUCAACAACUUAGGCUUCAACAUGGACAGCAUAAUGGGUCAGGGCAUUCAGCCCAGCGUAGGUCAAGCUCUGAGAGCAAUGGCUGGGGGACCCACCUCUGACCUGUCGACAGGAAGCAGCACGGGCUACCCAGACUUCCCCACCAGCCCUGCCUCGUGGCUUGAUGAAAUGGACCACUCCCAGUUCUGAGGGCAAAGGUCAUAAUUGAAAUUGCAGUACUAUAGACAAGAAAUUUGACGAUUUUAUAGACAUCUUUCCCAGAAUUGGUGACAUUUGUGUGGCAAGGCCCAAAACGUCACCUACUUUAACACGGUGGCUUGACCUUGCUGAAUGGUGCGCUGAUACGAGCAACCCACCGUGGAAUGUUUGCGCUGUAUCAUCAUUUUGUAAGUCAUAUUUUUUCAUCGUUCUCAAAACUGGAUUGGAUGAUUUCCAGCAUGAAAUUGUGUGCAGCUGCGAAUGGCGUUCAUACCCCAGACCACCCUGGAAAAACAAUCACAAUCCACCACGUUUUUGAGAACAAGAGGGUCCAUGCAUGUUUCUGAAUGAGGAAGAGAACCGUCCCACGAUGCACUUUACUGUAUGUUCCUCCUCGACUGCACACGGCAGGCUGAUUACGGGAAAUAGAGGAGCGCACCGAACAAAGACUGAUAUUUAAACAAGUGGCACAAGUGUACUGUAUCUUUCCUACUUACAAGGGUUUGGGAUUUUAAUGGUUGAAACUUUCUAAACGGCUCUACUAGAGAUGGCCCUUCACAUUAGGUCUGAAGAAUAGAUACAAAUUAUUUUUAAUAAGUAUGAAUCCGCAUGCACUGCUCUGAGUUGUCAUAAAAAUCUCUGUCAAUGGUCCCUUGUUUGUUCAGUGUUUUUCCGUUAACGUCCGACAUUCUGCCUCAGCAAUGAAACAAAAUAAAUAAUAUAAAAGAUUAAAGUUGAAGUUACUAUUUAUUUCUGGUAAUGUUUAGUAUUUUUGAUAUUGAUACAGUUUUUAUUACCAUCAAGAUACCUUUGUUUCCCAUUGCCAUUUGUUUCCAUCAUUUCCUACUCAUUGCUCCAUGAGCAAAAAUGGAUCUCAUACAUAUGUUUGAAUGUGAUUUAUUUUUGGAGCAGAUGACAACAGUGGAUUUCCAUUACACAGAUACAAGUACUUUAAUGGCCUGACCAGUUAUUAUCAAGCAAAACACGUGAAAGGGAAACUUACACUGUAUUUUUUCUUAUUUGACACAUCUAAGCAACAAAUAAGAGGCCUGAGCGUUAUUUAUUCCUGUUGUGGGUACCAAUGUCAGUAUUAUGAAGAGUUGGAUCAUGGGAAAGAGUACAGUGAGUUGAUGUAAAACUAUAAAAUUUGGACCCACAUAAUGGUAAACUGAGUGAAGAUGACGCUAUACUUAAAGCGCAAACAUAUAAGCUAACAAAGGGCAACAUGGAAAAAAGAAAAAUAUUCAUUAAGAAAUAAUGUUUUGUUGAAUCUAUGUUGAGUCUUAAUGGCUGUAAAUUUUGUAAAUUCUCAAAAAGUGUCAACAGUCUUGUUUCAUGAGCACUAUUUAUUGCUAUGGAUCUUUGAAAAAAGAGCACUGAAUUAAGUCCUAUAUGCCUUCUGGCCAAUGGUAUGAAUUGUGUAUAGUCAAAUCUAUAUGGAGAAAUAAAGCUGAAUCGUUUUUGGGUU